GCGUUGUCCAUGAUCGUGCCCUUUGGACACACGAAGGGGCAAUGCUGUUCACUGCUGCCAUGCCGCUGGCCAUAUCAUCGGAUGGGUACCGGCUUUUGGAUGAAGAGGAAUGUGCACCCUUUACUGAUGUAUACUGGUUGAAGUUCGUCCAUAUCAGCAAUGCCAGGUUUGCCAAGAGGAAGCUUGAUGACUACAAGUUUUUAGGAAAUAUCAUCAAGGUCACGUAUGCGCCCGAGCAAGAAAGCCCAUCGGAAACGCGUGCAAAGCUAGAGGAAAGGUGCCGAAUCGUUCUCCGUCGGAUGGAAAAACUUGAAGCGGAAAGAACUGCUAUGUCACUGCAUGCCGCAGGAUGCUUGCCUUCGUCUGCAUCAACGACUCUGGAUCGAUCAGAGUGGAAGCAUGAUGCCCAUUUUUUCCCCUCGUUUGAUUCUUCAGUCGACUCCUAUCCGUACGAGCCAACACCACUGGAACGUCUUCCACGCCCUUCGAGUGACCAUGCAGGUAGUGUAUCUUUGUAUGGUCCACAUCGAGACCCACUCAUUGGGCCCAGCACAUCCGCUGCAAGGUCUCCAGUGGGUGUCCCAACCAGUGUGGAGAAAGGUAAAGACGGCGGGACAAGCAGGGGAGGAACAGCAUCACAGGCGAAAGGGACGAUCUCCCGAGGUAAAGUGACGCCAAAAUUUAUUGGUCCUCGUAAGGCGCCGUCCUCCGGAGCAGUGCAAGUCUGUGGUCAUGGCCCAGGCGCUGGUAGCCAGCUUGAUGCAAGACCGAGCGUCUCACAUCCAACAGCUCCUGAGGCGCCAACAGACAGCAUCGCUUCCAUAGCCACGGAUCCGAAGUAUUAUCAAUCUGCUUCCAUGAAUGAGACGGUGCUUUCCAUUCGACAGAAACUCGAGGCGGUAAGCAAGUCCUCUGCUCAUGAACCGAUUUGCACAAAAUCCGCUCCUCUCAGCUAUGAAGCUAUACAAGAGCAUUCUGGAACACUUAUACGCCUUUGAACCCUCUAAGAUUCUAUAGCAGCUCUUGCCUUGUUUCUGUCUAAGCCAUAAGGCCUAAACCCUCGGUC